AUGUCUACCUGGAAUGCGGAAUUGAUUUUGGAGAAACUAAACUCCUCAAGAUUACGAGAAAGGAACGAAGGUUAUGAAGAUCUACUAUCAUGCUUAAAGAAUAAUACAAUUUCAAUACCUACAAAAUUAUUAUAUAGUUUUCUCGACGUGUUAAUACGUCAUCUUGAGCUAGAUAGAGUUAAAUAUUUUAAAGAAUUAAACAAAGAGAACAAUGAAAAUUUUCGAGCACUAAACAAUAUAGAAAACAAAUUACAAUCUUCUUCUUACAUAUUGAGAAUUUUUAUUGAAAAAAAUUGCGAAAGAUUCAAAGCAAAACAUUUGAAAUAUGUUUUGGCUAUGCUACCUGAGUUAAUGAAUCAUGCAGAAUCUCAAAAAACAUUAAAAUCCACUGAGCCCAAUUUGGUUAUAGCGUUGUACAGUUUAGUUAAAAGUACUGUUUUUGGCAUAAAAUAUUCGGUUCACCAAUGGACUGAACUAAUUUUUUAUGUUUGCCGUAUCAUUGAAAAUAAAGCAGUUAAUUAUGAUUCGGAGAAGGAAUAUGCUAACUGGCUGCUAAUUUUUAAUGAAUUGUUAAGUGAAGAAUGUAUAUCUGUUAGACAAAGUGCUUCAGAUUAUAUAUUACAUUGUAUGAGCGAAUAUACCAAAUAUACAAGGAAAGAAAAAAUUACUUCUAUGUUACCUAUCCAAUUAGUGAAUAAGGCGUUAUUGAGGAUUCAUUGUAAUUUUUUUGAAUGCAUGGAUAUAGUUAACUGGACAUUAGAAAGAAUUUGCAACUCUAACAAUGCUAAUGAAGGACUGUUCGAUGUUGAAAUAUCGUACUUUGGAUUAUUUGCAGGCGAAUUGAUGUUGCCUCUAACUCAACAUCGUGUUUGUCAAUCAAUUGAUAUUUUGGAGUUAUAUCUACAAAACCGAAUCAACAACGUUUCCAGUGUUCGAGAUUUUGAUUUGGAAUUCUGUCUUUUAGAGGAAUACGAUGGCCCUAUAAUUUCUUGGCUAAUGCUUCCGGAUUUUCAAUUAAAACCGGGGAAUGAAAUUCAUUUAGAAAAUUGGUUAGAAAUUAAUAGCUUAACUAGUCUAAUAUACUGCUAUUACACACAUGUUGACAUAAGCGAUGAUGACUCUGAUGCAGAAAGACCAGUAUUAAUAGGAGAAGGUGGUAAUGGUGGCGAAGAAGAAAAGGAAAAGGAAAAGGAAAAGGAAAAGGAAAAUGAAAAUGAAAAUGAAAAUGAAAAAGAGUCGAAUAUUUUAUUUAGUAAUAAGAAAUCUAAAAUUGGCAAUAAUUACAACCAGGUUUUAAACUCAUGUUCUACUUUUAAUGACUUUCUUUUCAGUUUACUAGAUUGUUCUACCGAAACUAAUAAGGUUAUUUUGGGCCUACAGAUUACUGCCUUUUUUUUAUCACAAUACCGACAAGAAAGGCAAAACUUUAAUUUUGAUCGGCUGCUAGGAGUUCUAUUAUCAUUAUUAGGGAGAGCCGAAUUCUAUAAAUGGUGCUGCCUGUCAUUAAUUUCAUUAAUUUCUCAGCCAGCAUAUAAAAUGGAUAUUAUGCAUUUUGAAGAUUUAAUGAAGGCUUUAUUGCCGUAUGUAAAAUCUUCAAGCUUUUCUACAAUAACAUGCGCUUUAAUUUAUCGGUUGGAAUUGUUUCAACAUAACUUAAUUAAAGGUAAAACAUUAUUGAAUAGAAUUUAUGAUAUUAUUGACUUAUCAGUAGUCAACGGUCCGGCCCAAUUCAAUAGAGAAAGCUUUUUAUUUUGGCAGACUAUUUUUAAAUUGGGGAAAAACUAUAGGUCUCCAAAUAAUGAAUCGUUGCUCAGUAAAAUAUGUAGAUGGGUUUUAUUCAAAUGGUCUCAGCUUACUGAUACUUUUGUUGAAAAUAAUUCUACUGGCUUAGCCUUUUUUUUUAGAUGGAUAUCUAAGAAGGAUGAGCUACAUGAAAAGCGUACCCUUCAAUAUGACUAUUUUAAUACUAUCUAUUAUGAUCAAUGGGUUUUUGUCAACAAUGAGCGUGAUUUUUUAUAUCAAAAUAAACACAAAUUCAAAAAAAUAUCUCUGAAUGCUAAGGAUACAAUGCAAAUGCACUUUGAAAUUAAUUUAACCUAUGAUUUAUUUUCAAAGUUAUUGGAUCUAUUGGCUAAUUUAGAACAUGUUGAAUUCGAAACGGCAGUUAAAUGGUUAGCUGAAAUUUUGAAAAUAUUAACGUAUUUUGUAGGAGAUUCAACCGUAUCAGCUUAUACAGCUGACUUGAAAAGUAUGUUGGUCAUUUAUUUAGGUAACUUGCAUAUUGAAAAUUACCAGCAGGCAAUAUUGUUGAUUAGAGAAUUAAACUUAAUUAAUUUGAAGAUGGUCCCUGAAAUUAUUUUACAGGAAAUUUCGAAAAAAAAAUUACCAGAUAUAAUUUUAUCUCAUUAUACAAAUACGGAGACACAAAAAAGCGUAAUUGAUCAAGAGUUUGAUAGUGUUGAUAUGAAAUUAAAUAGAAAGCAACCUGUUUUGAGAUAUAAAACAUUUUCGGAGUAUCAAUACAGGUCGUGUGAUUUAGAUCAUACUCUAAAUUUUAUAUUCAACACUCACAUAACCCACGAGCUAUAUCCUUUCGUUAUUGAUUAUGUUACAGAAUAUAUUUCUUUUUUCCCGAAUGAAUGUUACAUUUGGUUUUUAAAGAUCAUUUUAAGGGAAUUGAAUAAUAAACAUGCAGUUACAAAUGUUGCUAGUCUGAGUAAAUUAACUCAAUUAUAUGGAUCAUCCCUGUUAAAUACAAAAUUAAAUACUUCAAACAUAUCGAUAGAAUGUCUAUCCUUAUAUUUAAGGGCCGUUAGUAAUUUAUGGAUCAACCAACUUGGUAGCUCCAUUCAGUCUGAUUGUAACGAUAUAUUUGAUUGGAUAAGCGAAAAAUGUGUUAACAAUGAUUUUGGUGGUUCAGCUGCAUUAUUUUCAUUUACAAAUUUGCUUAUUGAUAUUUUAAAAGAACCCUCGGUAUCCAAAGCUGUAAAAGGUGGGAAACAACGAGUUUUUAAUAUUUUGGUACAGAAUUGGAAAAAACUGCCUUUAUAUUACAUGAGUAAAACUGCUAAGAGCGUUUCUGAAUACAUGCUAACCAAAAGCAAACCCAACCAAGCCAUUUUGUUUCCUCAAUUGGUUAAUGCUUUGGAUAUUACUGAUGGUACUGGGUGCUCUAGCAAUCUCAUAAUUUAUAUAUUAUGCAAGUUUGCUACUUUUUCUAAAUUUAAUUUGAUUAAUUCUGUACUAUACAUGGCUACCAGCGGUACAAGAUAUGGUAUUAAUCCUAUUUUUAUUAAAGUAGGUUAUAGGUUUUUGAAAAAGGCAUAUGGUUUUGAUCAUGUAAGAGAAAUUUUUCAAUUCUGUAAAUACCAACUUGUUGAAGCUUGGUAUCUAGAAUCUAGUGCUUUUGAAAAUAUUAAUGAAAUUGAAUGGCAUUUUAAAGAUUUUGGUUUUAAAACUUUAGAAGAAUUUUUAAUUUCAAAUCAAAAUGAAUUCUACGCCCUGUAUUAUUCUAAAACUAUAAAGUCAUCCUUGAUCAGAAAUUUAAUUUUAAAAUAUUCGGGGAAGAAUGAGAACGAAUUGUAUGAAAAUUCUCUUGCUCUGGUAUUACCUUUCUCCUACAACGAUUAUGGUUUGGAAAAAAAUUCAUUGAGUGCAAUUAAAAACACGUUGGGAACAAAAUACAAAAGAAAUAUAGAAAAGUAUAAACAUGCAUAUUUGUAUGAGAUUUUCAAAUUUGUAGCACUAGGCGAUUUUUUUGAAAUUAAGACCAUAUUAAAGAAAUCAUUUACAAAUUCAUCUUUAAAAGCAGUUUUAUUUGAAUUUGGGGUCACUCUAAGAUACCAUUUCCCCGGCGAAAUAUCUAUUAUAAAAGUAUAUGAACUGUUAGAAAAUAGUUCAUUGCUUUUUAUCUUUACUAGAAAGGACAUUUAUUUAUUAAUGCUAUGGUUAUUUGCAGAUUUAGAAAAUUCUAGUCAACCAGAAGAUCGCCUCUAUGAUAUAAGAAAAAUUAAGAUUUUGAUGAUUUUAUUUGAAACUCAUUUACCAAAUAACGAAUUUAUAGGAAAUAUUAUUUUUAAGAUGGUCCCUUAUUUGAAAGACAUUUUUUUGCAUGAAGAGGUUAGCUGUAUUAUUGUGGCAAUCUUGCAAAUUGUACCCAUAAGUGUCUUGGAGAAAGAAGGAAGAAUUUCAGCAUUAUUAGAAUCAAUAUUAUAUUACCAAAGAAGUUUCAACAAACUUAUCAAUGAUAAGCUUAGAGUUACUCUAAAUACUUGUUUGACAUCCAACACCAGUUUUCAAGCAACUUGGGAGAUGGCACUUCAAAUAAUAAAUGGAGAGCUGUUUUUGAAUGAUCCAUAUUCAAACAAUGAUCUCUUGAAUCAGAAAUAUGUUACUAGCUAUGACAUACAAUUUUUUUCUGAGCUAUUUAGACAUUUGAAACCACCUGUUAUGUUCGAUGAACACUUUAAAACAUUAGAAAAUAUCACCGAUAACCUAUUAAAAUUUAAUGUUAAAGAUGUUUCGAUGAAUUUUUCUUUAUGGAAAAGUUAUUAUUUAACCCAGAGCUAUAAAUAUUCAAAAGUUAUUCCAAAUCUAUCGUUUGAAACUAAUAGCAUUUUAAUGGAUGUUACCAAGUAUGAAAGCUUUACACCUAUUCUAGAUAUCAUUUUUGCUAAAACCACAAAAAUAGACCUUUCUGCAAAAGUUCAUUUUAUCUCCAUUUCUAUAAUUGCCUUUUUAUUGGGACGUUAUAGCGAGGAAGAUCCUUAUUUAAAAAUAACUGAAAGUUGUUUUGAAAAAUAUUAUGACCUAAUAGACCCGAUUGAUUCUACAGUGUUUUGUAAAUUACAUAAAGUUGUGCCGACUACUAUUCCACUUAGUUCCUUCAUUUUUAACCAAUACAAAAAUAUAACCACUGACUACGCUACAUGGUUGAAACAAUUAUGGUUUUCCCUGGCAUAUGAAGUUAGUUCUGUGAUUAAACUUAUUCCUUAUUUGACGGUUUUGGCAGAACAUGAUUUGAGUUUCAUAAAAGAGUCAAUUCCUUAUCUUUUUUUAUUUUACAUUAAUGUUGACAGAAAACAGAGGUGUGCUAACAUUGGUUGUAUGUUUGAAAGCUGUACUGGUUUAUCAGGUGUUAUUGAUGGCAAAAUGAAGAUAUGCAAUAUGUUGGAUUUGUUUUUGUUACUCAGAUGUGGUAAUUACACUUUUAUAAAACCCUUUAUGGAUAUCUAUUCUAAACUAAACUUGAAAGAAUGUUUUUUUGCAGCAAUGGAAGUGGGGAAUUAUAAACUUUCAUUUAUAUUAUUUGAAGAAAUGUUUCAGGAUUUCAAAAAAUGUGAUAUUAAUAUAGAUACUAUUAAGAGUAUGUACCGCAGUUUAAAGGAUAGAGAUUUAUUAUUUGGUAUUCCAAGUAAACCAUCUAUCAAAUCUGUUUUAGAGUUGAUGGACUCAUCGGACAAGGAUAAAAUUAAGAAAUUCAUGUUUGCCAAUAGCAUUACGGAUAUAAACUAUAAUAACGAUGAAGAAGAGGCCAAGCACAGAUUAUUAAAAACGGCAAGUGAAAAUGAUUUAAGUAGUAUUAGUACGAUGAUAAUUGACCAAAAUAGAGAAAUUUUCGGUAAUGAUUCAGCUUGGUAUAAAACUUUGAAUACCUGGGAAUUGAAUAAUGAUGCAAAAAUGUCCAAAGAACCUUUAUCUGCAUUGUUCCAAUGUUUAAAAAAGAUUAAAGAGAGUGUGCAUGAUUAUAAAGAUAUUAUUGGGGAUUUGUUAUUUAAUAUAGAAAAAAAUUCGAUGUUACAAACAAAGGAGUAUUUUAAUUUAAUUUAUGAAUUGGUAGAUUUUCAGAAUUUUACGUUUGACUCGAAGCAUUUCGAGAAAUAUACACAACUGAUGAAAGAUAUGAAUAAUAGAGAUACCCAAAUGAUGAACAUAAUUGAUUUUGAUCGAUAUAAACUAAUUUUGAAUGCCAGAACCAAACUCCUGGGGGAGAUAUCAGAGAGUUGCAAAAACGAUCGGAAUUUUGAAUUGGUAAAAUUGACCGAAUUUAUUGAACUGGUCAAAUUAAACAAAUUUUCUCAAAAAACAGGUAUUUCGCAAGAAGGCUUAAAAUCUGCGUUUAUGCUGGAUAAAAUGGCUUCUGGCGAUGUUAGUUUAUUGCCUUCAGGACUAAUAUCGAUUGAUAAUAUAUUGAAAAGAGUUGCACAAAUACGAGUAGCAUCGACAUUGUGGGAUCAAGGCGAAUCACAGAUUCCAAUUCAAAUGCUAGAAGGGUGUUUAUUUAGCCAAACAAACGGAUAUAAAAGCGAUAAAACUAUAAGGAAAUUAAUGGAUUUGAUAUAUUGUUCAAAUGGGAAAGUUAUGUCUUUAUUGGUUUCUUGGGCUUCUGAAACAAAUCACAAAACAGCCGGUGAAAUUUAUGAACAAUAUGUUUUAAAGGCUCCUGAAUUAAGUCUUAGUUCUGAAAUUUUAGAGGUCUAUUACACAUUGGGACAGUUUUGUUACGAACAAACGAAAGAAAGUUCAAAAUCAAAUGAAUUGGAUCAGAGGAAGAAAAGUCAUGAAAAAAAUAUGAAGGAAUUAGAUGAAUUAGCAGGUAUUUAUAAGAGUGCUGAUGCACUGGAUGUUGAUCGGAAAGAAGCUAAAAGAUAUUACAAUAGAUUGUUUUUACAAGGGGAACAAGAUAAGAGAAUUAUUAAAACUUUAGAAUCAGAAAAACAACUUUUUAUUUCCAAGACUUUACAUUUUUUUUUGAAAACCAUUAUUUAUGAUAAUGCUAAAGAUUAUGACGUGUUGGACAAAUUUUGUGGUGUUUGGUUUGGGAACUCUGAAAAUGUUGAAAUUAAUAAAAAUCUUUUAGAAGAGAUCAGUUCUAUUCCCAGUUUUAAGUUUUUACCUUGGAUAAAUCAAAUGGUGGCCAAACUAGAUUUGGAAUCUACACAUUUCCAAGUAGCUUUACAAAAAACAUUGAAAAGGGUUAUAUUUAAACUGCCAUAUGAAUCAAUGUAUGCUUUAAUAAAUUUGAAAUUUUAUAAUGGACAUGGCGGUAGUGAUAAUGGUACUAAUGUUACUCAUUUGGAUGAUUCUAUUAAUUGCAAAAUCAUGGCGGCUAAUAAUAUUUUACAAAAUUUAGAACAUUUUGAGGAUGGAAAAUUUGGACAGAAAUAUAUUCAGCCCGUUAAAUAUUUUUCGACAAUGUGUGUUGAGUUAGCAAAUAUGAAGUUUGCACGUACUGUUAAAAACAUUGAUUUAAAUUCAAUGAAAAUAGGUCACUUUUGGUUGGACGAAUUAAUUAAUUUUAAAUUUCCACUACCAACUGUUCAAUUCCCGAUUUUGAGCUCAAGCGAUGGUAGAUCUGUGCGUCGGCCUUAUAUAGUUAAAGUCGAAAACAAAGUUGAAAUUUCCCAAUCUGGCUUAUCAAUGCCCAAAAUUAUGACGUUUACGUUGUCUGAUGGUACUGUUCAUAAGGUUUUACUAAAAGGCAGUAAUGAUGAUUUAAGACAAGAUGCUAUUAUGGAGCAGGUUUUCAAACAAGUUAAUCAAAUCUUAAAUAAAAAUAAGGAAACUAGCAAGCAUCAUCUAAGGAUGAAAACGUAUGAAGUUAUUCCGUUAGGUCCACAGGCUGGCAUUAUUGAAUUUGUAUCGAAUUCUAAAUCAUUACAUGAAAUAUUGAUUAAAUUGCACAUGGACGAUAAGAUGUCCUUUGACAAAGCACGAAGAACAAUGAAGGCAGCACAAAAUAAAUCGCAACAUGAAAGAUUAAUAGUUUACGAAAAGAUAGAGACUAUGAUCACGCCGAAGUUUAGACAAUAUUUCUUUGCUAACUAUAUGGACCCGGAAAAGUGGUUAGAAAUCAAGUAUAGAUAUAUAAAGAGCGUGGUCACUACUUCUAUUGUUGGAUUUAUAGUUGGACUGGGUGACAGACAUUUGAAUAAUAUUCUGGUCAAUAAGGAUACUGGUGAAUUUUUGCAUAUUGAUUUGGGGGUUGCAUUUGACCAGGGAAGACUAUUGCCUAUUCCGGAAUUGGUUCCAUUUAGAUUAACGAGAGAUAUUGUCGAUGCAUUUGGUGUUAGUGGAAUAGAGGGUGUAUUUAGGAAGAACUGCGAAUAUGUAUAUUCUGUAUUGAGAAAAGAGUCUGAAAAGGUAAUGUGCGUAUUAAAUAUUUUGAAGUGGGAUCCUUUAUAUUCUUGGACAAUGUCACCCUUGAAAAAAAAAAAGUUACAAACUAAUAUCAUGGAUGAUGAGGAUGUGGAUGAAAUGGAAAAGGAGGCUGGAAGUACUAUGGGCGGGAGCCGUUCUCAAUCCACGAAAGAUAAUAACAAUAUCAAUGCCACUGGUCCGAACAAGAAUAAGAGCAAGGAAAAUGGGGAAGCUGUAAGGGCUUUAAAAUGUGUUGAAGAGAAAUUAAAUGGGAAUGGAUUAAGCGUAGAGGCUACGGUACAAGGUUUAAUACAACAAGCCACAGAUCCUUCAAGGCUAUCUGUAAUUUAUAUGGGUUGGUCACCAUUUUAUUGA